AUGAAGAACUGGUUGUGCAGGGAGUUCGAAGUAGUGGAUGACUCCUCGUACGCGUGGUUGAAUCUAGUCUACGAGAUGUUGCGGGUGUACAAUGCCACGCGAAACUCAGUCUCAGAGGUUUGCCCGUGCUUGCACAUGACGGGCAGAAACUUCAACGGUCAGAAGUGGUUGGAGCUGCGGGACAGGGUACUGUCGCUGUUGGAAUCUGAGAAGGGCACUAGGUCUCAGCUGAAGCAGCAAAGUCGCGCCAACAUCAAGUGA